AUGCCGAUGCCGUCAAAGCGAACUUCGGCGAUGAUGGUUGCCAAUGCGGCGGCGGCCGCUGCAGUCUCGCCCAAGGCAGCUGCGGGAAAGGAUUCAGUGGGUGUGAACGUUGCCAGGCGACAGCAGCAGCUGCAACAGCAGAACUCGAUGCUGCUCAGCGACUCCUCUUCUGACGAUGACAGCAUUCUCAACGAGAGCAGCAGCACCGCAUCGGACAGCAGGGGCCGUCAGGGACGUGGUGGCGGCGGUGGGGGCAACUAUCCGAACUACCAGAACCACCACCAUUACCAGCAGCAGUUAAUGCAACAGCAGCAACAACAGCAGCAUCCUCAACAGCUGAUUCGACGGCACAACUUUGCCAUGGAGCAGCAGUCGAUGCCCAACUCGAGCGACACCUCGACGCACUCGUCGCCGGCACACGAGCGCAACAAUGGCAACAACUAUCACUACCGAAAUGUUCAGCAGCCGCCGCAGCCGGUGAUGGUGCCGUCGUCACAGCAACUGCAGCAACAGCAGCAGCCAGCACUGCCGCCACGAAUCAUCGGCAUUCAUGAGCACGGCGGUGCUGGCUCGAGAAACAGUGUCGUUAGUCAGACGCCUGACGGCAAACAUGCUGGUGGUGGGCGUCGGUCGCAGAUUCAGUCGCAGCCGCUUCCACUGCCUCCGUCGGCGUCCUCCUCCAAAGUGUCCACACCACUGCCACCACUGCCAACAGCAGCUCAAUCAUCAGCCGUCGCCGCCCCGUCAGUGAGUCAGAGUGCGCUGCUGAAGCAGUACCAGAUGAACCUGCCCUCGCCUUCUGUCAACCAGCGAGUCAACGGGGCUCAGUCACACCAUAGUCAUCACAGUCAACUGCAGCAGCUGCAGCAUUCGGGAGGUGUGGAGUACAGCAACAGUGCAGCUGGAGCUGGAGUUGCAGCAGCUUUGCUGCCUGAACUGCCGCCCGACAGGCCCGAGCGAAUCAGCUCUCGACUGUCGACGGCCACCGCCUCUGCCGCCGAUUCCAACAGUGCAGCUGUGAACCACCUAGCGGACAUUCUUCAGGGCGCUCUGGGACCGCUCAAUGUCACUGCUCCCUCUGCCCUCAGUCCGCAGCCUGAUGUGCUUUCCAACAACAAUAAUAACAACUCGGCGGAGUUGGCCAGUCUGGGCGACCUUGACAGCCUGGACGGCGACUCAAAGGGCGGCACCACCAACCGAAAGGUCUCCACGAAAAUUCAGCAGCUGCUGAACACGCUGAAACGGCCGAAGCGACGCCCUCUGCCCGAGUUUUACAUUGACGACGAGACUGAUCUGGAGAUUGCCGCCAACCAGGUGGACCCGACGGCACCGAAACCAGAGGGAAAUACCAUGCUGCCCUCCAUUGGCGAGCAACUGAUGGUACCCGCCGGCCUCCCCAAAAGCCUGGAGGCGGCUCUUCAGCGGUACGGCACCUCGACCUUCAAAGCGCCGGCGGCGACAGUGCUGGACACGAACGGCAAGAUCUGCCCGCAGCUGACGUACGGCAAGCUGUACAACCGUUCACGGAAGAUCGCCUACAGUCUGCUGAACAAGAUCGGCGUGAAGGGCGAGCUGAGCAUCCGCACCGGCGACCGCCUGGCGCUGGUCUUUCCCAACAGCGAUCCCAUUGGCUUUCUCUGCGCCUUCUACGGCUGCCUGACGGCUGGCGUCAUUCCGGUGCCGAUUGAGGUGCCGCUCACCCGACGUGACGCUGGCUCCCAGCAGAUUGGCUUCCUCCUCGGAAGCUGCAACGUCAGCUACGCCCUCACCUCUGAGGCCUGCUUCAAGGGCCUGCCGAAGACGGCCACCGGGGAGAUUCACACCUUCAAGGGCUGGCCGAAGAUCAACUGGCUCAUCACCGACCACCUGACGAAACCGGCGAAGGAGUGGCAGCCGCCGGCGCGCAUCAGCGAGGAGUCGCCCGCGUACAUUGAGUACGCCACCGACAAGGACGGAGCGGUGAAGGGCGUCAGCAUCAGCCGCAACGCCAUGAUCUCCCACUCGCGGGCGCUCACCGGUGCCUGCAGCUACUCCGAAGGCGAGGUGAUGGUUUGCGUAUUGGACUUUAAACGGGAAGUCGGUCUGUGGCACGCCAUUCAGGCGAGCAUCCUCAACGGCAUGCACGUCAUCUUCAUUCCCUAUGCGCUCAUGAAGAUCAACCCCGCCCUGUGGAUGCUGAUGAUCACCAAGUUCAAGGCAUCCAUUGCCAUCUGCAAGUCCCGCGAUCUGCACUGGGGCCUGCUGGCGAGCAAGGACCACAAGGACAUUAAUCUGAGUUCGCUGCGCAUGUUGCUGGUGGCCGAUGGCUCCAAUCCGUGGUCGCUCUCCUCCUGUGAUCAGUUCUUCUCCGUCUUUCACAGUCGUGGGCUGCGCGUCGAGGCAAUGUGUCCCUGUGCGACGUCGCCGGAGGCGCUCACCAUUUCCAUUAGAAGACCGGGCCGAACUGGAGCCGGCGCCACUGGUCGUGGUGUGCUCUCCAUGUCCGCCCUCAGCUAUGGGGUCAUUCGCGUCGACUCGGAGAACAGUCUCACCUCGUUGACGCUGCAGGAUUGCGGUCAUGUUCUGCCUGGAACAAUCGCCGCUGUCGUAAAGCUAAACGGCACGCCGCACCUCUGCAAAACCGACGAGGUGGGCGAGAUCUGCCUGAGCACCUCCUCCGCGGGCAGCUGCUACUGGGGCCUGCAGGGCCUGACGAACAACAUCUUUCGCAUGCAGCCGCUGAACGCCGACGGGCGGCCCUUCAGCGAGCAGACCUUCGUCCGGACUGGCCUGCUCGGCUUUAUGGGCCCCGGGGCGCUGGUGUUUGUGUGCGGCACCCGGGACGGCGUGAUGCAGGUCAGCGGGCGGAAGCACAACACUGAUGAUCUCAUUGCGACGGUGCUCGCCGUCGAGCCGAUGAAGUUUGUCUACCGAGGGCGCAUUGCCAUCUUCAGCAUCAAGGUGCUGAGGGACGAACGGAUUAUUGUGGUGGCAGAACAGCGACCGGACUGCACCGAGGACGAGAGCUUCCAGUGGAUGAGUCGGGUGAUUCAGGCGGUGGACAGCAUCCACCAGAUUGGCAUCUACUGUCUGGCACUGGUGCCCCCCAACUGCCUCCCCAAGACACCGCUGGGCGGCAUUCACCUGAGCGAGGUGCGCCGCCGUUUCGGCGAGGGCAGCCUCCAUCCGGCCAAUGUGCUGAUGUGUCCGCACACCUGCGUCACCAAUCUGCCCAAGCCGCGGGAGGUGCACUCUGACGUGGGGCCCGCCUCGGUGAUGGUCGGCAACAUUGUCCAGGGCGUCCGACUGGCCAUUGCCCAAGGCAGGGACAUUGGCGUCGACGACAUGGGCAGCGGAGCGGAGACGGCCGGCGAGGCACGCCGCCACCAGUUUAUCACGGAGAUUCUCAAGUGGCGGGCGGUCAACUCGCCCGACCACGUCCUCUUUUCGCUGCUGAACGCCAAGAACCUCGAGGUGGCCAGUCUCAGCUGUUCGCAGCUGUACAAGCGGGCGGAGCGGAUCGCCUGUCUGCUCACCGAGCGAGGCAAGCCCAACACUGGCGACCACGUGGCGCUGAUCUACUCUCCCGGCAUCGACCUCAUUGCCGCCUUCUACGGCUGUCUGAUGGUGGGCGUCGUUCCGGUCACCAUUCGCCCGCCCCACCCUGCCAACCUGCUGACGACGCUGCCCACAGUGCGGAUGAUCGUCAACGUCUCCAAGGCGGCCUUUAUCCUCUCCACCGGCCCGGUGAUCAAGUUGCUCAAGUCGAAGGAGGCGAGCGGCGUCGUGGAGAUCAAGUCCUGGCCGACCACCCUGGACACGGACGACCUGCCCAAGCGGAAGCUGGCCAACGCCUACCGGGCGCCGACCGCCGAGCUGAUGGCCUACCUCGACUUUAGCGUCAGCACGACGGGCAUGCUGGCAGGCAUCAAGGUCAGUCACGCGGGCCUCACCUCGCUCUGUCGCAGCAUGAAGAUUGCCUGUGAGCUGUACGCCUCCCGGAAGAUUGCCCUCUGCCUCGACCCGUACUGCGGCCUCGGUUUUGUGCUGUGGUGCAUCAGCAGCGUCUACAGCGGCCACCAGACCAUUCUCAUUCCGCCCUCUGAGGUGGAGGCCAAUCCGGCGGUCUGGCUGAACGCCGUCAGUCAGUACCAGGUGCGGGACACCUUCUGCUCCUACGGAGUGAUGGAGCUGUGCACCAAGGGCCUCGGCUCGUCUAUUCAACAGAUGAAGACUCGAGGCGUCAACCUGGGCUGCGUCCGCACCUGUGUGGUGGUGGCGGAGGAGCGACCGCGAGUGGCGCUCACUAGCUCUUUUGCGAAGGUCUUUCAGAGUCUGGGCUUGUCGGCGAGGGCGGUGAGCACCUCCUUUGGCUGUCGGGUGAACACGGCGCUCUGUCUGCAGGGCGCCUCCAGUCCCGACCCGACGACGGUCUUUGUGGACACGAGGGCGCUGCGCAAUGACCGCGUGACGCUGGUGGAACGCGGCGCACCGCACAGCAUCUGCCUGAUGGAGUCGGGCAAGCUGCUGCCCGGCACGAGGGUCAUCAUUGCCAAUCCGGACACCAAGGGCCACUGUGGCGACUCCAAUCUGGGAGAGAUUUGGGUACAGUCUCCGCACAACUCCAGUGGCUUCUUUGCCGUCUUUGGGGACGAUAAUCUGCACAAUGAGCACUUUAAUGCUCGCCUCAGCACGGGAGACACCUCGCAGACCUAUGCCCGUACUGGCUACCUCGGCUUUCUGCGCCGAACCGAGUCUGUUCAGGCGGAUGGAGAACUGCACGACGCCAUCUUUGUAGUGGGCUCCCUCGACGAAACCAUUAUGCUGCGUGGCCUGCGCUACCAUCCAAUUGACAUUGAGAACAGCGUCAUGCGAUCGCACAAGAAAAUUUCCGAAUGUGCCGUUUUCACCUGGUCAAACCUGCUCGUCGUCGUGGUGGAGCUGGACGGCAAUGAGAAUGAAGCCCUUGACCUGGUGCCCAUGGUGACGAAUGUCGUCCUGGAGGAGCACCACAUCAUCGUCGGCGUGGUGGUGGUGGUCGACCCGGGCGUCGUGCCCAUCAACUCUCGGGGCGAGAAGCAACGAAUGCAUCUAAGGGACGGCUUCCUCGCAGAUCAGCUUGAUCCCAUCUAUGUAGCUUACAAUAUGUGA